UUGAGGUUGAGAGAAGGCCACUUAUUUGCUUUUAACACAAUGAGCGAUUUCGGACUGCAGCUGCUCUGUCUCCUUGGUCUUCUGUCGUUGUCCUCAGCCUGUUACAUCCAGAACUGCCCCAGAGGUGGAAAGCGGUCAUUCCCGGAUCAACUUCCCAGACAGUGUAUGGCAUGUGGCCCCGGCGAUAGGGGGCAUUGUUUUGGCCCCAGCAUCUGCUGCGGGGAUGAGAUGGGCUGCUAUGUGGGCUCUCCGGAGGCUGCACGCUGUGCGGAAGAGGACUACCUGCCAUCCCCGUGUGAAGCCAGCGGAAAACCAUGCGGCCCCGAGGACGGCCACUGCGCUGCGCCCGGUAUCUGCUGCGACGCCGAGAGCUGCGUUCUGGACCCAGACUGCCAGGAGGAGAGUAAAAACAGACCCUUGGGUGAGCAGACUGCAACGCUGAUGGGCCCGUCUCCGGCGGAGAUCCUGAUGCGGAUCCUACAUGCUAGUGGACGGGGACGGAGUCAGUACUAAUAGCUCCAUCUACUGGAGGAAAGAAGAUUGGCAGCCUGCUUGUUGUGCACAGCAAUGUAUCCGACAUGCACAUACUGUAGAUAGGUGCGUAGUGGAGUGCUAUAUGAAUAGUUUUUUUUCCCUAACCAGACACACACACACAGACACAGACACAGGCACACACACACAGCAAAUUGUACACAACUCUGGAUUUCAGCUUCAUAUGGAUAUUGACUGACCGACAGACAGACAGACAGAGACACACACAGACACAAACACACACACACACACACAUAAAAUAAAAAGGAAAGAAAUGUUAACAUAAAUGUUUGAAAUUACUGCACUGACCAGCAGAAUUUUGUCAUUUUUAAUGCUUUGAAAAUAUGCAUUGUACAAUGGGUGUAAAUAUGUAGCAAAUAAAUCUUUUCUUGCACUGGCACUGUAAACCAACUCUUUUCCAAGUUUUCAUUGAAAAAAAAAAAGAAAAGUAAAAACUGCUGUUAAAAAAAAAAUCACAAGGAAAAUGUUUGAAAACCCAAAUCUUUA